UCACAGGAAAAAAUGAUAUAAAAAUAUUAAUACCAUUUUUAAAAACUAAAUAAAAAAUGCAAUGUAAGUGGGAUCUCUUCAAAACACAACAAAUUCAUUUCUGUACAAUAAUAAUUAUCACCUGAGUGUAAGAUCUGUGUAUUCGCAGGUAACCAGGCAGCACUUGUAUCUACAGUAACUAUGGUCAUACCUGAGCAACAGCAAGGUGUGGCACUGUCACCAGAGGCCCGCCCUCUACCGUUGGUAAUGAUUAAGACUAAUAACAUUUAUCUGCUAUUCAUUAGGACAGUGAAACAUGUCGUCAUAAUUCAUAUUAAUAUAAAAAAAUAUGUGUAUAUUAAUUACACGCGGUUGUUCUUGCAUUUCCUACUCAUAUUUUGAGAGUCGUAUUGUACCGUUGUGGACUGGUGAUUUGGGCUGCCUUGUUUCUGUGCACUACCCCAACAACCCGUGCGGUGAUGGCGAGGAAACCCCGUUGACAAGGCACUGCUUUUUCAUGACGUUUCUCACCCUGCAGCCCACGAAGCCAAGGGUGUUAAAUGACUGAAUCCAUGCUUCCUGCUGGAAAAUCUGUGUCAUGGAUGAUGAGGACGAUCGCCAUCUUCUGGAUAUUUUAGGAGAUGUGGAUGCACUGAAUGACUAUCUCCAUGGUAGCAACAGCAAGUCUAUUGAGGAGGAUGAUGUAAACAAUGCAGCUUAUGGGUCAGAUGGAUCCUUCUUUUCUAGUGACACCGCUGGCUCCAACGCUGGCCUCAAGGAUGGCUCCUCUACAAUGGGUGAAUUCGGCGAGGAUUCAGCAGGGGCAGGCCUCCAGCUCUCCAGCAGCCUUUCAUUUAUCGAGGAUGAAUUGGGGUCUGGGAACUCCCCUGGAGGGGUGGAUCUUGGAGGAGAGGACCAGCCCUUUGACAUCCUCCAGAAGUCUCUCAUGGAGGCUGACAUCACGGAACAGACGCUGGCCCAGGAGGCCUUACUAGACUCCCAGCCUGCUCCCACUCUGGUGCAGGCUCCUGUUCCCUUCCCCUCCCAGCUGGUUUCUGGGGGUUAUGGCGGAGGAGUGGGUGUGGUGACCACGGCGACAGCUGCUUUCCCCACAGGCCAGUUCCUGCAAGGGGUGUCUCAGCUGCCCAAUGGUUCCGCCCAGCACAUACAGGUGUUGGGCUCGUUUGGGGCCGGCGGUGGCGUGAUGACUCUGAGCAGCUUGGAGAGAACUCCUCAGCUUGUGCUGAGGGCGGGGGCGCCUGUAACUGCAGCAGGGACAGCAGCAGGGGGGCAGGUGUUUGCCCCUACCCAAGGCCAAGUUGGUUUGCCUUUCAAAAACAUCCCCCUUCAAAACAUCAUCAUCCAGAGAGGCCCGGGAGGGACCCAGACUCUUGUCAGACCCAUUCAGCCUAAACCUCUUCAAGCUGGGGCUCAGACUGUCUACAGCCUUGGUCUUCAGCCCACUCCCACCACCCUUGCAAAUGUAGUUAACGCUAACACUGCUUCUCCUGGGGGACAGUACACAGCCAAUGGCUCCAUUGUAGUGCAGCCGCCCCUGGAGCAGCAACAAGCACAGGCCCAGACAAAUAUACCACCUGGGCAGUACUUGCUGCCCAGCUCUUUGGCACUCACUCCGGCCAGCUCCAUCCACAACGGCCCCGCCGACCCCAACUCAAACACCCUCAUUACCAGUCAGAAUGCGGUGCAGAUUGUUGCAGGGCAGAACUUCACCGCACAACCAGGAGGCCAGCUAAUAUUGAAUCAGGGAGUAGUCAACAGGAGUCAGGUGGGAGGGGGAGUAACUCAAACAUGGACCGGAGUUUCAUGUGCGAACCCCGCCCCCGUACAGACAUCAUGCGCUCCGGGGCGGCUGACUCUGGUUGGCCCAGCGACGGCGGGGAUCGGCGGUCAAGGCCAAGUGUCGGCUAGCCCUGUUCAGCGCCUUCUAGUGACUCAAACUCAGAAUUGCACUUCUCUGUCCCCUUUAGCUGGUACUGUGACGCAGGAACAAGACUACAGACAGAAUUCUUCAUCACCUGCCCUCAAACAGGUGCAGCUCAGCAGCAUCCAUGCCAUGACAACCAUGACUCAAGAUUCAAAGCUGAACUCACAGGUCAGUGCUCAGAAGAGACCGGCCCUUCCGCCACUUACAAGAGGAGAAAUGAUUUUACAACAGCUGAGGAAGGAUCACGCUGGAGUUCAGACCCCGGAUCAGCGUCGAUUCAAUUCAAUCAAUGAUGCACUGCAAAGACUCCUCCCUUACCACGUGUUCCAGGGGGCUCCACCCAGCCAGGAGGAGUUCUCACAGGUGGAUGAAGAAUUUGAGGUAGUUGCAGCCCAAGUGCUGAUGAGGACCCACGCCAUGGUCAACAAAUACAGACGGCUACUAAUGGUGGAAGCUGAGCGUUCCAGUCCGUCGUCAGAAAUGGUGAUGAUCGACAGGACCUUCAACCAAGAGGAGCGCAGCAAUCUGACACAAGACAAACGCAUGGUACUUGUGGAUCCAGACACCUUCAUGGAGGACUUCUGUUGUGGGAUGAAAUCUAAACUUUUCCAAGAACCCCUCCCCUCUCAGUCGUCGUCCAGCUGUAGCUGGAAUCAGUCAUCAGACAGAGGCUCUACAGAGCCGCCAUACAGGACAGACUCUCAGCCCGGGUAUGGAGACCCGGGAGGAGGUGGAGCUGCAGUACCAGGGGCAGCAGAUAGACUCCACCCUCCACUCUUAGAAAACAAGAGUGUCCUGGAACUCAAGAGAUCCCAGCAACACUAUGGGCCCAGCAGCGCCAGCAACAACAGCCUCACCGCUGCCAACAGUUAUCCCCAAGGUAACCCCUCAGCUUUCGCAGCAUCGUCAAGAGGACAGACGCACUACCAGGUGUCUCACCACCUGUCCUCCCCCCCGAUCCAGCCCCAAUACCCCCCGCAGCUUGCCUCACCCCCUCACCCCGACACAGACUCUGCUCUGGAGGCGGCAGUCAACAGCAUCUUGGAAUGUUAAGACUGAUAUCAUCCCUAAUGUAUGGUUUCAACUUCUUUUUUUUGUUGUAAAACUCUCCUGUUGUAAUAUUUGUCGCAUUCCCCCACAACCCAGUGUGAAGAGAGGCUAACUCUUCUUUCAGGUCUGUUAUCUUUGUGAAACCAUCUCCGGCCAUGUAGCAUGUAUUUAGUUUGUUUUAGUUUUUGGGGGGGGCGGGGGUUGAGGCCUGACGCAGGAGCCAGAGUCUCCAUCAAGGUGCCAGGUGAAUGCAGGCACUUAAACUUACCUAUAAAGAUCCGGGAAUGUGUGCAAUGCAACGGACUCACAGAUGGAACAUGUUCUUUUCAAUUUAAAGUUAUUUUAAAGGGGUAGGGUCCGUAAUUUCAGUAGCUUGAAUAUAAGAGUGUCCCUCUCUUCACACACAGGAAUUAUUAAAGGGAUAGUUUGGAUCUUUUGAAGUGGGAUUGGAUGAGAUCCUUAUUCAUAGUCAGUGUAGCACAAACAGUAGAUGUUGGUGGGCACGCCCCCAGUUUAGAGAAGCAGGCUGGAGUCUGACAUGGAAACUAAGCAAUGUACUUCUGUGGAUGGGGGCAGCAGCAAAACGUACUUUAGCCACCUAAAAAAAAUCAAUAUCAUUGAGUGUGCGCUAUAUUAAGAAUAUUUUCACCUCUUUACCUUGCUGUCAGACGCCAAUAUUCGAUGGGACACUGAAGCUGUUACAUUGCUUUCAACAAAGCUAGAAUCUAUUUUCAAUAACAGUCAUUUUAACCUGUUGAACACAGAAACUGCUGGUCUACCACUGCCUUAGUCAGUUUUAAUUGUGUCAUUAGUCCUGUUACACUGCCUGUUCAAUGGGGAACUACUGCGCCCUUAUGUUGCCUCGCCGUUCUGUAUAAAAGCUAUGAUCAAGGAAUGGAGCUUGCCUUUAAGCUGGUAGCGGAGGUAGUAGCAGCACCAAGACAACGUCUAUGUAAAAAGGGGCAGCUGGCAGGGCAGAACAGGUGUGACGUUUUGAGGGUAUGUGCGCAACCCACUCUGUGAUGUUUAAAUACCAGCUGAUAGCAGUUAGCAGCUAACUUGAAGAAAAACAGUGGCCGAACAUGUAUGCAAAUUGGAAAAAACAA